GUGAUUUACUCGCGUGCCUUCCAAAUCGACUUCACCUUCACUUCACCUUCGUUCUCGCCUUAGUAAUCGCUCCGCAUUCCGCAUCCGUAAUUGUUCCAAUUUGUAAGCUGCGUGUUUGAGUAUUACAGAUUCCCAAACUUACGCAUGCCUUAGGUGCAUUAUCUGAUCCCGGUUCCUCGUAGGAUUUAUCUAUUUUUAUUCCGCGAAAUCUUUCAUAUAAGACGUCAUCCCCUCUGCCCCACCAUCAAUUCUUCUCGUCCUUUUGUUCUUCUGUCCUUGGGGAAUCAAACCAGUCAAUGCGAGCAUUUGGGUUAUUUGGUCGCAUAUCGGCUGCUUCUACUGCAUCUGUGACCUCGAAUUCUUCAAUCGCUUCCAAGAGAGCGACCUACCGAAUCGUUUCCCUCUCCAGACACUUCUCGACUACCCCUCGCAUCAUGGCUCCGAUUUCCAAGGAAACCGAUCUCCUCGUCAUCGGCGGCGGCAGUGGAGGUCUUGGAGCCGCACGAAUGGCCAGUGCUAAGUUCGGCGCGAAAGCCAUGGUGGUUGAGGCUUCGCGACUUGGUGGGACCUGCGUCAAUGUUGGUUGUGUACCGAAGAAAGUAACCUUCAACGCCGCCGCGCUAGCCGAAGCGAUCCACGACGCCAAAGCCUACGGGUUCUCGGUGCAGGAGACGAAGCCGUUCGACUUCACCACCUUCAAGCGCAAGCGGGACGCCUACAUCAAGCGGCUGAACGGCAUCUACGAGCGCAACCUGGCCAACGACAAGGUCGAGUACGUGCACGGCUGGGCGCGGCUGCUGAGCCGGAACGAGGUGGAGAUCACGCUCGACGACGGCACCAAGACCGUCGUGCGCGCGGCCAAGAUCGUCGUCGCCGUCGGCGGCGAGCCCACCAAGCCGCCCUCCGACAUCCCCGGCGCCGAGCUCGGCACCAACAGCGACGGCUUCUUCGACAUCGACACCCUGCCCAAGAAGGUCGCCCUCGUGGGCGCGGGCUACAUCGCCGUCGAGUUCGCCGGCAUGUUCAACGCCCUCGGCACCGAGACGCACCUGUUCAUCCGCCACAAGACCUUCCUGCGCGCCUUCGACCCCAUGAUCCAGGACGGCGUCACCGCCGAGUACGAGCGCCUGGGCGUGCACGUGCAUAAGGAGUCCGACCAGAUGAAAGUUGAGAAGGACUCCAGCACGGGCAAGCUUGCCAUCCAAUACAAGGACAGCAACGGCCAAGGAAAGGUCGAGGGCGUGGACCAUUUAAUCUGGGCCAUCGGCCGCACGCCCAUGACCAAGAACAUCGGGCUGGAGGAGGCCGGCGUUAAGCUUGACGAGAAGGGCUACAUAGUCACCGACGAGUACCAAAACUCGUCAGUAGACAAUAUCUACGCGCUGGGCGACGUAUCGGGGCGCGUGGAGCUGACGCCCGUAGCCCUCGCGGCCGGGCGGCGGCUCGCGGAGCGGCUGUACGGCGGCCCGCAGUUCAGCACGACGCGCAUCGACUACACGAACAUCCCGUCCGUCGUGUUCGCGCACCCGGAAGUCGGCAGCAUCGGCCUGACCGAGCCGCAGGCGGAGGCGCAGUACGGGAAGGAGAACCUGACGGUCUACAAAACGAGCUUCACGGCCAUGUACUACGCCAUGAUGGAGCCCGAGGACAAGGCGCCGACCAAGUACAAGGUCAUCUGCGCCGGCCCCGAGCAGAAGGUCGUCGGCCUGCACAUCAUGGGCCAGGGCUCCGGCGAGAUGCUGCAGGGCUUCGGCGUCGCCAUCAAGAUGGGCGCCACGAAGAAGGACCUCGAUUCCUGUAUCGCCAUCCAUCCUACGAGCGCCGAGGAACUAGUCACGCUCAAGUGAAGCGGAGAUCAAAUUCGAAAAUAUAAAAAUACGUAAAGACAAAAGAUUUUGAGGAAAAUAAAGGAAAAGGGGUGGGGGGAGCAUUUUGAUACCAUGUUGAUAGAUCGCAUGAUGAUAGAAUCUAAUAGAAAAUCUAUCCCAACCUAUAAGAUUAAUAGGUUUCAACGAACGAUACCCAAGUUUUUGACCAGAUAUGACGAAGUGAGACUGGGGGAAUCGAUUCU